AUGCAUAAUGGCAUUCAAACCUUUCAAUCCAACAGAUGCUUGGAGACGAGAGUCAAACCAAUUGAUGAAGAGACACUUGCGGCUUUGGAAGUGUCCAAAGUUGCUGUUGUGAUGACGUCUGAGACGGAGUCUUGUUCCGUUGGGUUCCUGGAAGAGCUCAAAGUGAUACUCCAAUUUCAAGAAAAAGGUUCACUCACCGUCAUACCCAUCUUCCUCGCAGCUUUCUCUUUUGAUCUGGAAGAAGAAAUCUGCCGACAAUAUCCGGAGAAUGUGCCAAGUUGGACAACCGCACUCACCAAACUGGCCAGCAUCGCCGCCGAGUAUCCAUUUUCUCGGGAUCUUGCGGGUAUGAGCCAAUCAGAUCUGUUCAAGCAAAUUGCUCAUGACAUUUUUCUCCUGUUUCUCUCUUCCACGUCAAGCGAUUUGAAUGUCCUUGUUGCAAUGGAUCGUCACAUGAAAGUGGUUUAUGACUUGUUGGCUUCAGAAGUUAACAAAGAGGUUCGCACCAUUGGCAUUUGGGGUAGUGCAGGUGUUGGGAAGACAACACUUGCAAGGUACGUUUCUGCAGAGAUCUCUGCAGAUUUUCAGACGCAUGUUUUCCUAGAGAAUGUCGAAAACAUGAAAGACAAGAUUCUAAAAUUCCAAGAGGAGGAAGAAGAUCCAACGGUAAUAAGAAGUUUAGAUCGCGAUUGGCAUCAAAUUACGGAAGCAAGGCGUAAACACCGGAAAGUUCUUCUUAUAGCUGAUGAUGUGAACAACAUCGAAAAAGGAAAGUGGAUCAUUGAAUACGCUAACUGGUUUGCUCCGGGAAGCAGAGUCAUUCUUAUUAGCCAGAACAAGAAUUUGCUUGUGGACGCCGGAGUGAUGGAUCUGUAUGAAGUCAGAACUCUAAGAUAUGAUGAAGCUCUUCAACUCUUCUCUCAUUUUGCUUUCAAGCAGCCAUAUCCACCUUCUGAUUUCGAACAGCUUGCAGUUCGUGCGGUCCAUCUCGCAGGGUUUCUUCCUUUGGCACUUAGACUGUUAGGGUUGUUUUUAACUGGUAGAGGUCGAGAGGAGUGGAUAGCUGCACUGCUCAAACUCAAGGCAAAGCACGGUCAAAAUAUAUUGGAAGUGUGGGAACUUAUGGAAGGAUCGCAAGAUAAAGUUCAAGAGGAGUGGAAAUCUGCUGCAGACAUAAUGGAAAGAAGGGAGAGGGAAAUUGCUGCAGACAUAAUGGAAAGGAAGGAAUCAUCAAAAGAUAAAGGCCAAGAUCAAGAUCUUGAGGAGGUCAUAUAUGGAGAUGAGCUUAAACGCAAUGAAAAAGAAGGUCAAGAUCUUGUGGGAGCAUCAAAGGGGAAAGAUAUUACGGAAGCAUCAAGUUAUUUCGGAUUUUAG